AAGGGCCCAAUUUAUACACGUUCAAACUCUUCUUCUUUGACACCUGGACAACAGUCUGCUCAAAUCCCAACUAUUACUCCGACGUCCCCUGUGCGGCAGACUUACUCUCCACAGCCAUCGCGUGGGGUUUCCCCUGCCUUUCUGCAUCCGACUGUCACUUCAUCUACCAAGGAUCCAACGCCAAGUAUCAGCCGGCUGCAGGGUCGUGGCUUCGUGCAGAGUGUUGUUCAAGCCAGUGGACGCCUCGAAUCAGUAGCAGGAACCGUGAAGAAAGAGAGCACGUUUGGGUCACCAAAUCAAGCCGCCAGUGAAAUGCGAGAGAAGAAUGCUAGAAGAGCAGUCUUAGACCGUUGGCAGCCGGCGAUGAGUAAUGCUGGGACAUCAUCGUCGGCCCCACAAUCCCCAUUCCCGGCAAACCGCGGGAAGACACCAGAAGCCAGGCAACCAGACGUGAAAACGCACGACACGGAAUUUCCUUUGAAGAGCGCUGUAUCCACUCCCACCCUUUUGAAAAGACCAUCUGGGAAGACAAGUGCUCUUUCUGAGAGUGCGGACCAUAAGUUGGGGUCCUCCACCACAAUCAUUACAUAUAUCGAGCCAACCAAGACUGUUGACGAUCCAGUCGUUCGUAAUGUUGGCGAACUCGGUGUGACAGCGGAUGGGAGUGAGGCGAGGACGCGUGUAUCUUCGUCUCCUAACAAAUCAUUGAGUCAUCCAACCAAGGACAGAGCGAAGAAACCUCGCAAAACCGGUGGUUCUACACAUGUUGCCUCUCCUGAAGGACAGCUUCCUGAUGCAAAAGCCACCUCACUCCAGCCAAUCGCGCCAGAAUCGAUCCCUUCAGCAACGAACACUCAAUUAUCGAUUUCUCCCCCUCAGCUAAUGAUGCGAUCUCAAUUGGAACCUCAGCCACAGCUUCCACUAACGAUCGCACCGUCCGACACCACUGGUCGCGUCACAGACCGCUGGACAGAGCCGACACUGAUUGGUGUAAAGCCUAUUAGAUCCUCAAAUUCUGCUGCAGGCCAGCCUCCCCCGAGUCAGAAACCGCAGGAUAUGGUGGGCAGACUGGCGCUACCAGGCCUAGCGGCUACACCAGAAACUGUGGAGAAAGUGAAAGUAAAACCCCCUCUUGGAAAGGAGCGCGCGGUCUCGCCUUCACCUGGCCGCAUUCCUAACACAGGAAAUCGUGCCACCGUCAUGGACAUUGCGCAAACUUUGAGUGAGGCCCAGGAAGGAAACGAUCGCGCGCUGAGUCCACCUGCUCAUAGCAUUUUACCUCUGAGUUCUCAGGCUGAGAAGGGAAAGUCGAGCGGCGAGAAAUACGUCUCUUUCAUGAUGCCUCCGCUGAAAGAGGAGAAGACACCUGUGUCGUCUCCAGCAGGAACAUUGGCAAAAUCGUCUGGAGAGGCGUUACUGGAUUUCAAACUCGGUGAAAGCCCCAAAAAUCACGCGAACGAGUCCCUGCCAAACGUCGAUGUGGAUGCUCUUUUGAAAUUUGUUCCUCCAGCGUUUAGCGCCGACCCAAAUAUUCACACCAUCUCUGUUGAAACUUUAUCCAUCAAUAACGGCACCGCGAUCCCUAUCCUGCGCGAUAUCCAUAUAUUCUACGAUACGGAGGCUUUGGUGAUUGUACACCGCGGAAAGGUCCGUGACAGUGGGCUUGUCACUACGAAGGUUUGGUGCUGGCAUGGGAAACAAUGCCGGUUUGGUGAAAGAGAGAAGAAAAAGGCAGAUGAGCUUGCAAGACGGUAUGGAUCAACUCUGGUAAGGAUAUUGUUCCAACGACACGAACCUCCUGAACUUGUUCAUGUUCUGGGAGGAAAGCUUGCGAUCCGGCAGGGCACUCGCGCACACUGGACUUCGGAAAAUACAGCAAUGCACGUGGUGCGCUCGAGCGGGGAACACAUCUUGAUUGACCAAGUGAAUUUGAACAUCCGAAACCUAUGUUCAGGCUAUAGCUAUUGUGUCUCUAUCCUUGACCAGAUCUUUGUUUGGCAUGGUUGUGGGUCAACUCCGAAUGAACGCAAUGCUGCCCGAGAUUACGCACAGGUCUCCGCCGUAAGAGGGACUUCUAUCACGGAACUUCGAGAGGGUGACAAUGAUGUACAUGAUGAGAUGUUCUGGAUGGUCCUCGGCGACUCUGGGGAUUACGCCAAGGCAGACUAUUGGAGAUUCAGAAACACCUCUGCUUCCAGUGACCCCCGAUGCUGGAUCGUGGAUGUCAUGAUUCGUGCUGUUGCAUUGAUAUCGGCGGAGACUAUACACCAGCAAUCAGUGUACAUUAUCGACUGCUCUUUAGAAUUCUUUGUCUUGGUUGGAAAACACGCACGUUCUAAACGUUCUGAUAUCUCUCUAGCAAUUCAAACCGUUAUGGCCAUGGCAAAAAGAGUGGCAAUAUCUAAACCGUUUUCUCCGACCAUCCAUGUACUUGUAAUACCUACGCGACUCCCUCUGGACAUGCGGCAUGCCUUCCGCGAUCUUGAUGAGUCUCAAGUGAAUGGGGGCUUCGUCCCUGAUCACAUGAAUAUCCUUUCAACUACUGAGGCGAUUGAGCAUCUGCGCACUUCGUCAUGGGAGAAAGCAGCACUGCGAGAUCAGAAUAUGCUUCCUUUGGGUCUUGACGCAGAAUCUAUACUAUCAUCUUAG